CGAAUGCGCAACCUUCCCGCGCGCGCCCUCCUCUGGGUUCUCCUGCUCUUCGCCCUCGCCGGCGUCGUCCGCGCUCAGGGCCGCGAGCGGUACGGCUACGGCUCCGGGCGCCAGCUGCGAACCGCCCAACCCGACGCCGAACCCGACGCGGACGCCGACGAAAUCGCGGGUGAGCUCUCUGGGGCGGGGUCCGGCUCCGGCUCCGACGGGGCCGCGGCCGACGCCGACGCCGGGACGGCGGUGGAACCGGUCCCGGACACGUCCGAGGAGGACGACGCCACCCCAACGCCCACCGACGCCACCCCGGAGGCGACGUCCACCGGCGCCGUCGACGUCGCCGCCCCGGCCGAGGACGACCCCGCCGAGCGCGAUUCGUCAUCAACGGAAACGGAAACCUCCACCGCGGCUGCGACAACCGCCGAUUCGACAUCAUCCGAUGCGUCUGCCGCGACCCCCUCGGCGACCCCCUCGGCGUCGUCCGGCCGCGACCCCACGUUCGUCAAGAAGAAGACCCAGCGCGUGCUCUACGCCAGGCCGAACCAGCACCCCGGUCCGUGCACCUUCUGCAGGUCCGCGGCGCACAGGCUGCAAACCGCGCUCGCCGCCGCGCACCGUCACCACCACCAAAAUAACCAAACACACGUCGAGGCGGCGAGGGUGACCAAGACGAAGGUUCCCGACGAGACGUACGCCGCGUUCAUGCACGGCGUCUGCGAGGACACCGAAUACUGGGCGCACUACAAGUCGUUCGCGCUGGAGACGGGCGGGGUGGUGCUCGCGGGCGCGGGAUUGGAGUGGUCGCCCACGGAUCACGAUCACAAGACGGCGACUGGCGAUGCGCACGUCGACGAUCUGCGCAAGGCGUGCAACGACCUGAGCGACGCCGCGGCGGAGGAUGGCCUGUACGAGACGUGGUGGAAGGGCGCUGGCGCGUUCACGGGACGGAAGUGGUUCUUCCAGGAUGCGUACUGCUUCGGGCCUGGGCAGGCGUGCGACGCCAAGGCUCUCAACGACGAGUUGUGAAAGUAGUCUCUCCUUGAAAUAACAUUGCGUGGUGCACC